AUGCUCUUCACAAAAAACAACUCCUGGCUUCUUAUGCAGCUUUCAUCGCCAACUUUGAAACCUUUGAGAUUCUGUUACGUGCAGGACAUUGCAAAUCUCAAAAAAGGUAUAUUGGUCAUCACCGAUGGUGCAUACUUCAUAAGGUCUACCUUUAUGAGCAACUCAUAUUCAAACAUGAUAAGGACGUACCGAGAGGAUAGCUUGGCACUCAAGGGCAGCAUCUUAAUGUUAAGGAGCUAUGCCCUGGUGGUGGCUGCCAAUGGAAAAAUAGAGCUGAAUGUCGAAGAAUGCAUCUACAUGGGUGAAGGAAGCCUUUCUGGCGAAACAAGAGAUAUUAAUUCUUGCGUUGAAGAGAAAAAUGCGUUUCUAACUAGAAAUCUCCGGACGGUACACCCGCUACAACAAAGUAUUGUGUACAGCUUCAUUAAUCUGAAAAACGAGGAAAAACAAGCCGAAUUUAAAGAUGUUAACUCAACAGUUUUGACUAAAGAUGGUCGUUGUGAACUAGCAAACGAUCAAAACGCAGUUAAAAGCAGCCAGCAUGAUGGGUGUAUUCCAAAAAGAAAAUUUGCUAUUAAUAUGCCAGAUGGGGAUAAUAUUGCCAAAAAAGCUAAAGCCCAAAGAGGAGCUGCAAGUAAACCAAGAAGAAAAAUGAAUGCUGCAAGCAAACAGACCAGCAUAAAAAAUAGUAUUGAUAUUAGCAGACAAGCUAGCAAAGAGUUGGAGAAACAGGCAGCAGCCUAUAUCAAAAAUAUAAGAAAGGGAGUGGUCUACAAGAAGCCAACAAUCCAAAUUAAAAGCACAAGUAAGAAUGCAGAGCUAGGCUUCGGAUCGAUAAAGAUUGACGAAAUCGCUUUAAGCUAUUUAAUAAAAAUGAAUGAGAAUGCAAAAAUCAGCUAUAUUAAAAAAUCAACCACGAGCCUGUGUGUUUGUGAUGGAAGCGUGCAGUCACUUGCAUUAGACAGAAAAGCGGAUACACGCAUUUCACUUACUAGGAAGCCACAAAGGGAGUGUCUGAAUCUAAAAUACGUAGCUUCGGGGUCUGAUAUAAAUCAAACUAUAGGCGUUGAAGACCCAGUGAAAAUAAAUAUCUCCAUUCGGCCUGGUGUGUUACCACCAAGAAACGCGAACAGUGGAAUGCAGCAGAGCUGGCCUGCUGCAGUCUUUGAAGAUUCUACUCCGGACUAUGAAGGCCUAUCAUCGAUUCUAGACUCCAGUGUGGAUAUGAAGCACGAAGAGGCAGCAAAUGAGCCGCACAAGAACUGUGCACUACAUGGCAGGAUGGCCAAACCACGCCAGCGACAAACAGACCCCUCGAUGUUCAGGGAGCCAUUCUCACUACUGAAUACCCUAAACCCAGGUUCUUCUGCAGCUUUACAGGAAGCUCGCGAUUCCAGGCCAAUUUCGCUAGAAGAGAAAGAAGUUCUCAAGAACAGCUGUGUAUUCGCCAUGGACUUUUUGGAUCCAGAGCUGGCUGACAUUGGCCGCUCUUGUAUUGAUUUCAAUAUUGACGAGCAAGAAAGGCAUGCCGGAAAAUGA